CAGGGACUGCUCGUACUGCACUCCCCGGGCUCACCACACACUGAAGCUGGUUGCCGAAUUUUGGGGGACGAUACGAGCGGUUCAGGUCUAUCUAAUAGUCUCUGACUGAAAGUCUCUCUGGCGUGAAGUGCUCUGCAUUCAAGUUCGUUCUACCGUUAAUCGAACCCUCGAAAUGAGCUUUCCGACGCCCGUCCCUGCUGCGCGCACGACUGAGAGCUUCAGAGACAAAGCAAUUCGGAAGUUUAAGGAGGAGCCGCUGGUCCCCAUCGGCACUCUCGCAACAUGCGUCGCACUCACAAUGGCGACUGUGAAAAUGCGCUCCGGCCAGCCUAAAUCCUUCAACAAUUGGCUGCGUGUGCGCAUCAUCGCGCAGGGCCUGACCAUUGCCGCCGUUGUCGCUGGCUCGUAUGCGUACGGACGCACGCAGAAGCAGCAGGAGGAAAAGGCCCGCUCGGAGCAGGAGCGCCUGCUUGCGAACGCCGCGAAGGAGCGCCAGGAAUUCGAGGAACGCCUGCGGGAGGCGGAGGAAGCGCAUGAGCGGGAGCAGAGCGCGAAGGGGCUGCUUGGGUUUAAAAGGUGGGGUUCUAGUGGGGAAGGCGAUGGUAGCGUGAAGGCCCUGGAUGGAGAUGCGAAUAAGGUAUCGAAGCAUAUGCGGGUAGAAGAGUUGGCGAAGCAGAGGGAGGGGCAGAGUGGGGGCAAUUGGUUUGAGUGGCUAUGGGGGUCUUCCUCAAGUGAGGGAGGGAAAGAGGAGAAAAAGUCGCCAUAGCUGUGUCGACGCGUUCCGGUAUGAUGUCGGUCCGCUUUUACUGCAUCGUAUAUGCUAUUCUCUCCCGACGACUAUCGACAUGCAUGUGGUCCUGGUUAGUUAUACUCACUGCGGCUCGGCCCAUCUUCCACUCCUGCAACGAAUACUCCUGGAUCGCAUUUAAGG